CCGUUUAACCGUGCGGAACCGUCAGCAUUCAAUCAGAUAAUUGCAUGAAAAUGAAAUUUUAAUCCUUACAAUUUAUACUAGCAAUCCUCUCCUAACUCUGUGGGUCUCUCUCUCUACAGUCCACAUAACGGCUGUAUAUACUCAUAAUCAAUACACUUCCCUUUCAUUUACUUUUACUAUUACUGCGAAGAACAAUUGAUAAAGGCAAGAAAGUUGCCAUGGCCGCACAAAAACAUUCUGAUUUCUCUGUCCAAGAAAAUGUUCCGCUCGGUUACCGAUUCAAACCGACAGACCUGGAGCUAUUGUACUACUUGAAUCUCAAGAUUAUGAGCAAACCUAUAUUAAUCGAUGCCAUAAAAGACAUUGAUCUCUACCAGUACCAUCCUCACAAUCUUUGUCAAAGCAGGAUGAAUGGAACACAAGAGGGCUACUUUUUUACUUCUAGAACUAAGAAAUAUCCUAAAGGUAGUCGGCCCGACCGAGCAGCUGCUGAUGGUUACUGGAAAGCCACGGGAGCUGGCAUCAUUGUCCGAAGCAAUGGCCAAGAAGUUGGACGGAAAAAGACGCUUGUCUAUUAUGAAGGAAAAUCUAAGAAUAAUAAAGGAAGAAAAACUAACUGGAUGAUGCAUGAGUUUACGGUUCAUCAAAUGAAGGAUGUUGCACGUUCUUCUACAAACGCAAUUCCAGAUAACAAGAUGUUGGAUUUUUGUGCAUGCAGAAUUUUCUAUAGACCAUCAAAACCGAGAAAAAGAAAGGAAGAAAGCACACAAAGAAACACGAUCCCAAUUCAAGAAACUCAUAUCCCUGAUGCAAAUUUGACAGCAACGUCUUCUUAUCAAAAUCGUGUACCGGCACUUGAUCAAUCGUCCUUGCAAGGUGCUUAUGUUCCCUACCAACAAGCAAGAAUAAAUAAUCAAUAUCCAUUGGUUCAUGAACCUGUUACGUACAUGCAUGGAGAUAUGGCAAUGCAAAGUAAUAUUCUUCCGUCUCCUCAACUUGCAUACUUUCGUGGUGAUCAUAUGGCAAUGCAAAGUAAUAUUCUUCCGUCUCCUCCACUUGCAUACUUUCGUGGUGAUCAUAUGGCAAUGGAAAGUCAUAUUGCUCCAUCUCCUCAACCUUUGGCAUACAUUCCUGGUGAUCAAAGCAACGUUAGUCUGUAUAAUCCUCUGUUUCCACCUGAGCAAAGAAAUGAUCCGUAUCAACCUGUUACACACUUGAAUGGUGAUGUGGGGACAAGUAGAUUUGCAGUUGAUGAUGGUAGUUACUUGGAUUUAACAACCCCCAGUAUACUGGAUUCUUUUUUCGGAGACUCGUCUAAUGCCCAACUACAGUACUCUUCGCCAAAUCCACACCUUCAUGGCGAUGUGGGUUGCUCGAGGCAAGGUAAUUCUGUAGCUUCCACGGAGUACUGGGAUUUACCUUCUCCUCCAACAGAAUGGCUUCAUCUUGACGAUAUCUUUAGGUGACUCAUCCAACAUGCAGUUUCAGAGGACUGGAUUGAGUAAAUUUGAUAGCGAUGUUGCUGGAUGAAGAGAAGAAUGCCAUUUUUGCUGUUUUUCUAAGAACUUAAACUUUGCUGAUUAUGUAAUGUUGCGGAAAUAUUAAACAACUGCUGAAAAUUGUUCAAUAGAGGGAUGAUGUAAUUUCAUUUGAGCCAAGCUAUCGAUUAGUAUUUGUAGUUACUUGAGAUAGAAUUUGUUCUUUGCAUGCAAACAUUAGAGUGGAUGAUUUAGUGUUUUUCAAUAUUUGUUU